CUCUGUGCAAAGAGAAUUUCCCUCAGCGCUCAUUUUCGGGGGCGUAGCGGCAGCACAAGUGCUAUUUGAGUGGGUUAUUUUGCCGGCAAAAUGAUUCCAGACUGUAUGUACGUACAUAUACGUACCAGUCAUGCAAGAAGCUGCUAAAAUUAGAGAAUGUCAGGGGAAGCAGAUUUUCAGUACAUUGACUUAAGACUGCAGAAGUGAUCGAGGUUCUUCUUACUGUAUCAAAUGUGUGGUUCACUGUACAAACUAUAUUAAACCACGGCACACACACAUUCCACAGAGAGCGGAUGCCUACUAGAUCUACUAGGGCCUAGGGAGCAAGUGAAAUAGGCCAAGCAGAUCAUGACACCCUUCACACUGCGGAGACUCAAGUCUUUAGUGUUGAGUCAGCUCCCGGCCAAGGUGACCGGUAGUUUCAAAAGCCACACCCUUUCACACGAAAAAGGAUCUGGCAACAGUAUGCAUGUGUAGUUGUCCCCUACGCCAGGAUCUUGGUAGGUUAUAGAUUUGUAAAACGUUGUAUCAUAAAACCACACCCACAUAACGUCAUGAAUUAGCAUGCUGAUAGGCUGAGCAACUAUAACGGGUAGAUGGCAGAAGUAAAGCGUAUCCAAUAAGGAAUGUAAUUUAUACAUGUGUGUGGGCGUGGUUGUAUUCUAUAAUUGUGUGUGGGUUGAUUCCAUGCAUGCGCCUACCCUAUAACGCAGAGUUUAAAUUCCACUGGGACAACUUCACAUGACGCACACUGUUGCCAGACCCUUUUUCGUGUAAAGGGGCAUAGCUUGAGACUAGGUGUCCAUGCAGUACGAAGCAUUGUCAGCUGGCAGAGACUCAGUGGACGUUGUACAGAGACAUGACGGAAACCAGUAGGAUGGACGUCCCCUUUAGGAUUUAAAGUUCGCCUGCAUUGGGACAGCCACUUUGCCACUUGCCACACUAUGAAUUGGAAUUUUGAGUGGCUUCGCCUGCUGCUUAGAAAGAAGGACCAUCUGUCUAUUCUAGGAAAUAGAUUAUCAAAACUGCAUGUGCCCUCUGUAAUGAGAAGGAAAGCUGAUAAUUGCAAUUUCAGGGCUCCACACAUGCGCACUGAAGUCUGAAAAUCUAACCCUUGCAUAUAAAGAGGAGGUCUUAGCUUCUCAUCAAUUCAGUCAUCACUGAAGCAGAACUUUUUUGUCAUCGGUCAAGAAAUUAGAGUGUCUUGAUGAAGUAUUCUGCCAUUUUAGGCAUUCUUUUGCCCCUUGCUCUGGCAGUAAUGGCUGCAGCCAACCCUGCAAACCCAGAUGUCGAAGAGGUGGAAGAACUAUUGGGAGACAUUGCCAAGAAUGAGAAAUAUCCUGAUGAUGCCCAAAUUGAGAAGAAUGAUAUAGUUGAUGAUUUAGAAGAUGAGCGUUUAGCACUCAAGCAAAAAGAUGCAGAUGAACGGCUUGCACUAGUUCAACAGCUGGAUAUGGACGAGUUUGAUGAUGCAAAAGAAAUGAAUGAGAGUCCUGCAAAAGCAGAGAGUAACAGCAAUGAAAACGUUGUGAUAGAACAGGAUGAGCCAUACAACGUAAUAACAGAAGACGAUGGUGGAGCAAAGUCAAUGACAUACGAGGAAGAGAUGGCAUUUAAAGAUGAGCUCGAUGCUAAAAUGGAAGAACAUCAAGCAAUUGAAGAUUAUGGUGAUGAGCAACAAGAAACUGACCCCAAGAUUGAUGAUGAAUUAGUUGCCAAAGAGAGUAGUAUAAUUGAAGAGCCCGAUCAAACAGCUGAAAUAGAAAUAAAUUCUGCUUCCUUGGUGACAAGAUAUGCUGGAAUGGGCUACAACCUUCUGCAAGCCAAUCCAGAAGGAGACUUUAAUCGCGGUGGGGUCGACCCUGGAAUCAAAACAACUCGAUUUGUAUUCAAACAAACGUACAGUCAGGGGAAUAACAUAUUCUACCAAGGAAGAAGAAUGCAAGUACCUGAUCAAGUGACGUUCCACCAAACGCAUAGCUGUGUUCAGACACAUUCGACCAAAGCUUACAGUGGACAAGCCAGUUACAGGAAAGAGCUCUCACUCAAUGUGGAAGCUGCCGCCUCCUACAAUGGACUUUUAUUUUCAGCGAGGUUUGCACUUAGCAGUGGAAUGCAAAGAGCCCAAGCUUCGACCACAACUUCCCAUUCAGUUAUUGUUCAGGAAACAAAAAAUUGUAACUAUGCACAAACACGAUACAAACUGGCCAAUGCUCUGAGUGGUGCACAUGGAUAUGAGCUGACAGAGAACUUCAAAAAUGCAAUUAGGCUGCUUCCUUCAACGUACUCUGCAAGGGAGUACACUCAAUUCCUUGAUAACUGGGGAACUCAUAUCCUUGAAGAGGUUGCUGUAGGAACAAGAAGUAUCAAAAGAAUGCAGGCAUCUUACAAUCAAGUGUAUUCAUUCUUGAGUCAACAGGACUCAAAUGCUAUAAGUGUCAGUGGGAGCUAUGGUCGUGGUAGUGGAUCAGUCUCUAUUGAUAUCAACACUCUGAACCAGAGAGUCAACCAGAACACACGUUUUGGACGACAGAUGCAACUUAUUAAUAUUGGAACCCAGCAAGUUCCUCUGCCUCUUCAUGUGAAAGUAGUACCCAUUUCAAUAGCUUUGAAUGAUCAUCUUUGGGAUGAAGCUAGUCUGACUGUAAUCAGGAGGAAAAAAGUCCACAUGAAGAAGGCUCUGGUCGACUAUCCAGCAAACAAACGAGCUAGGAUCGGUGCUGAUCCUCCAAUAAGUCUUCAGGUACACUGGCCAAAUGGAAAAUACUCAAUGCUCGAAACCACACACGGAUGCCCCUCAGGAUGGUCCAGUGGGUGGAGAUAUCAGGACAACGAAGACAGGCGCAAUGCAAAUCGAUGGAGCCCGUCUAACAUUGCUUCUUACCUUAAAUUUGGCACUGGAAGCAAUUUCAAAACGUAUUACUGCACGAAGACGCAUAUUAAUCUCGUGAACGACAAUGUAUUUAUUUGGCCGAGGGGAAAGUACUGCAUUGCUCGACACGGUGGCAGCUGCCCCAGUCAUUUCUACUCCGGCUUUCGAUACUGGGACGAUGAAGAUAGGAGAAAUGCUAAUACCAAACAAGGUGUACUCCCUGAUGGCUCUUAUGGAGGUAACACAAAGACCGAGUACUGCUGCAGAAGCGAUGGUAACGCCCAUACUGAGGUUCUUCUCCCUCCAACAAGGCCUUUUGUUCUUUAUCGCUAUCAGGGCACUUGUCAGAAAGUCAAAGGAAUGAACAACCGAAGUCUCUACAUAUAUUUUGACGAUGAAGACAGUCGCAAUGCUAAUAGAUGUGGAGGGCACUAUUCCGAUGGUUCUUGUGGUGGAAAUCACGAGCUUCAUCUCUGCUACUACACACCACGCUAGUGUGUAGUUUGGCCCUGAACUAUUAUGCUGAUUAGCAGCUGGACUUAUAAUACAUUAUUCGUAUCUAUGCAUGCAGAAUAAUUUAUGCUGUUUGUACUUUUACAGUGAGUUUGACUUUUAGAGCCAGUUUUGUAGAAACUUUUUGUCGGUUUUGACUCUUUACCUAUUGCAACCAUGCAUGAGAUUAAUCUCAGCUACGAAUCUUG